GUUAUGCGAUCAUUAUGUUUAAUUUGAUCGGGUUUGGUAUUUCAUUUUUUGUAAACUGGUGUAUAAAAUUAUCUCCUUUGACUGAAGAUUCAUUGUCCGUGCAGUUUUAGCGCCAUUAGUUUGUCGGGGUAGCCAAGUCACAAAUCUUCUUACCGCUAGACGCUAUACGCUAUACGUUAUACAUUACCAUCGUUAGUUACCAUCGUCAGUUGUCAUCAUACAUCAUACAGUUUACUUAAGACUUACAAGAUGUGAAUAAAAGUAUAAACUGUUUCCAGUGCUUUGCGUGGUGUAUCAUUAGCGGUUAACUAUGCAAAGGGCAGAAUAGUAAGAAGAUUUACUCUGGCUACUCGACAAUGGCCGACAAACCUGAUCCAGGAGAACCUGAUCCAGGGAAUAUAGAGCACGGAACACAUGAACCUGCUCCAGGAGAGACUGAUCCAGUGAAACACAGUUCUAUACUACAGGAUGAUGAGCGAGUUUACAGACACAGGCAAAAAACAACGGCAGGCCAGGACCUUUAUCUUAAUAAAAUUGACGACUAUCAAAGGAAGUUAAGUAAACUAUGGAGGAAAAUGGAAGACUCUCUUAUUCUCAUUGAUCAAUCUAAGGAUAGUGACUUAAAGAAGUUGAGAAAAAUUGAAGAUGAUCUUAUAAAACUUCAUACAAAAUAUUCUAGAGUAAGUGAAGAAUACCUGUCUUAUUUGAAAAGACAUUCAGAUCGUGAAAGGUUAGAAAAAACGUCGCACGAUUUACAACGAAAAGAAGGUGUCAUUGACUCUGUACUGAAACAGAUGGAAAAUUUAAAGUUAGAGGCAGCAGAACAUCUGUCACAAAGAAUGUCGGAAAAAGGCUCAUCACAUGGUUCUUCCAUAGGAUCACAGAUCGACAAGAAGGAAUGGACUGAAAAUUACGUAACCGCUCAUUUCAGUGGAAAUUUGCAAAGUGAUAAUAUUCCUAAGGACAUCGAACUACCUCCAAAUAAUCUUCCUCCAAUCAAUCCUUUGUCCUUUGAAUCACCCAGAGAAAAACUUAACGUUCAAGCAACGCCAAAACCAGAGAAACCAUAUAUGUUGAACCCAUUAGCACCUUCCUUCGUACCAGAUCUUCAUCUAAGUGAAACAAAGAAAGAUGACCCUAUGUUAGGAGGACUUGUCCAAUUCUUGUUGAAGAAAGAUUUGUUGCUCACUCGUUUUAGUAAGUUUACUGACAAUCCUGAACAAUACACUGUGUGGAAAACAAGCUUCAAAAACAUCGUUAAAGAACUUAAUGUGUCUGCGUUUGAGGAAAUGGACUUGCUUGUAAAAUGGCUCGGACCGACAUCUGCCAACUUUGCGUCAAGCAUUAGAGCUUCAAAUGUUCAUUCGCCAGAGAGAGGACUUCGUAAAAUAUGGGAGCGACUACAAGAAAGAUAUGGUCGUCCAGAAAUGGUUGAAGCAGCACUAAAGAAAAAGUUAGACAACUUUCCCAAACUUACUACAAAAGACAUGAACAAGUUGUAUGAUUUGUUAGACAUUCUGUCUGAAUUAGAAUCAACCAAAUGUGAUGAACACUAUUCUCAUUCACUGUCGUACUUUGACACAUCAACAGGAAUCAUUCCUAUUGUCAACAAACUACCCUAUGCUCUGCAAGAAAAGUGGACAAAUCGUGCAGCCACAUACAAGAAACAGUAUGGUGUGCCAUUCCCACCAUUAACAUUUUUUAUUGACUUUGUUAGAGAUAUGAGUCAAAUGAAGAAUGACCCGGCAUUCAUGUAUGAAAGUUCACGAACAUCAGCUAGUUCAACACCAAAGAAAGAAAAUAAGAAAGACUUUAUUGUGAAUCGCAAGACUUAUGUACAGCAUGAAACUAUGAAACGUUGUCCAAUACAUAAAGCUGAACAUUCGUUACUGAAUUGCAGACAGUUUCUAAGCAGAACACCUGAAGAUCAACGCAAGUUCUUGAAAGAGAAACAUAUAUGUUUCAAGUGUUGUGAAUCGACUAGUCAUGGAUCACGUGACUGCAAAGUGAAAGUAAAGUGUGAAAAAUGUGGCAGUACAAGUCACCGGACAUUAAUGCACUUUGACAGAUUGAAGAAGAUGUAUGACAAUCCUGUUGAACCUACAGUAGAGCAUGGCGGGGAGAGUCAAUCGUCUGAAAACGUGUCAUCCAAAUGUACAGUGUUAUGUGACAAACCUUCCAUUGGACGUUCAUGUGGAAAAAUUGUCUUGGUAAAUGUUUGUCUUCAAGAUCAACCCAGUAAAGUUGAAAAAGUCUACGCCAUAUUGGAUGAUCAGAGCAACAGAACUCUUAUUUCUCCAAGUUUAUGUGAUCGUCUAAAUGUACAUGGACCUUCUACCCAGUAUUUGCUUUCAUCAUGUGCAGGAACAACCACCAUGGCAGGAAGAAGGAUUGAUGGCUUACGUGUCGAGUCAGUGUCAAACAGUUAUCAGUGUGAACUUCCUGUAGCAAUUGAGUGUGAUGAAAUCCCUAAUGAGAGAUCAGAAAUUCCCACGCCAGAUGUUGCAUUUUUCCACAAACAUUUGAACGCAAUUGCACAUCAAAUACCUUCAUUUGAAGAAAACGUUAAAAUAGAACUUUUAAUUGGCAGAGAUGUUCCAGAAGUACAUCAUGUGUUGGAUCAAAUUACUGGACCAAGAGGAGCCCCAUUCGCUCAAAAGUUAGGAUUAGGAUGGGUGAUAAUUGGUGAUGUCUGUCUUGGAAAAGUACACGAGCCUGACCAUGUGAAUGUAAUGAAAACUUCAGUUCUUAGCGAUGGACGUGUGACACAAUUUGAACCAUGUGAAAACCAUUUUCAUGUGAAAGAAUUUCAUACAUCAGAAACAUGUGACUAUUUAUUCCACCGAUCACGUGAUGAUGACAAGUUAGGUUUGUCUGUGGAAGACCGUAAAUUCCUAUCUAUCAUGGAUCAAGAGUUCCAGAGGGAUCAAAACGGCAAAUGGAUUGCUCCACUUCCAUUUCGUUCACCAAGGCCCGUUUUACCAAAUAAUCGUCCACAAGCAUGGAGAAGAGCACAGAUUCUGGACGCAAGUCUGCAGAGAGAUGAAGUGAAAAGAACUCAUUUCAUUGAAUUUAUGAAGAAAGUGUUGGACAGUGGUGCCGCAGAAGUAGCCCCUACUCUCGGUGCAGAUAAAAAAGAAGUUUGGUACCUUCCUAUCUUUGGUGUGUACCACCCAAAGAAGCCAAACCAAGUGAGAGGAGUAUUUGAUUCUUCUGCAGUCUACGAGGGAAUCUCGCUCAACAAAGUGUUGAUGAAAGGACCUGACCUUACUAACAGUCUCCUUGGAAUAUUGAUUCGCUUCCGCAAAGACAAAUAUGCUGUCAUUGCUGACAUAGAACAGAUGUUCUACCAGUUUUACGUAAAGGAGGAACAAAGAGACUUUCUUAGAUUCUUCUGGUAUAAGGAUAAUAAUCCAGAACUUCCCCUCAUCGAGUACCGAAUGUGUGUACACGUAUUUGGCAAUGCUCCAUCUCCGGCAAUAGCAACAUACGGCCUGAGGAAAGUAGCAGAAAACUGUAUAGACUCUUACGGUUCUGAUGUGAAUGACUUUGUGCUCAAAAACUUUUAUGUAGAUGAUGGUUUAGUGUCGGCACCAUCUCGAGAAAAAGUGUUGGAUUUAGUUUUGCGUACGAAAACAGCAUUACAUGAUAUGGGCAAGAUCCGCCUACAUAAGAUUGCUUCAAAUGACUGGGAAAUUUUGAACAGUUUUUGUGAAGAAGACUUGAACAAGAAUCUUAAAGAUAUUCAGUUUGGAGAAAAUACUUCUGUGUUGCCUAUCCAACAUAGUCUCGGUCUAUCAUGGGACUUAAAUACAGACUGUUUUGUGUUUCAAAUUCAAGAAGAUGAAAAACCACACACUCGACGAGGAAUGCUUUCAUUUCUUAACAGCAUUUUUGACCCACUUGGAUUUCUGUCGCCUAUUACAAUAGCAGGGAAAAUUCUCCUUAGAGAAACAACUGGUAUUGAUUGGGACCAGCCUCUACCAACCUCUCUAGACUCCAAGUGGAAGGACUGGAAAACAUCUCUGAAAGAUAUACAUGAACAGAGGAUUCCACGAAUGUAUUUACCUGUAUCUUUGAGCGAUCUCAGCAACGUAGAAUUGCACGUUUUCUCUGAUGCAUCAGAAAAAGCCAUUGCAGCUGCCGCAUAUCUAAAAGUCGUAGAUGCAGACAACAAUACCUACCUUGGAUUCAUUCUAGGAAAGUCCAAAUUAGCGCCAGUCAAAGGACAUACUAUUCCCAGAUUAGAAUUGUGUGGAGCCGUCCUUGCAUCAGAAAUCGGAAAUAGUGUAUUAGAACAGUUAGACAUGAAACCUAGUGUGGUGAAGUACUAUACAGACAGUAAAGUUGUUCUGGGAUACCUUCAUAAUGAGACAAAACGAUUCUACACGUAUGUAUCAAAUCGUGUGUGCAAAAUACUGAAAAGAACUUCUGCUGAACAGUGGAAUUACGUACCAUCUAGCAAAAAUCCAGCAGACUGUGCUACACGAGAAAAUACAUCAUGUGAACAACUUACAAGCAGUGAAUGGCUACAAGGACCUCGAUGGCUUUUAGAACAGUGUAAUGAUGAUGAGACCAUUGAAGAUUUGCAAUACCCAUUAAUUGAUGCAGAGGAUGACAAAGAAAUUCGACCAGAAGUCAAAGUCACAAAAACUACUGUUGAAACAUCCAAGAAACCUUCUAGUUUAACAGAACUGUGUGAAAAAUAUUCAGACUGGAGAACUCUAAUCAAAUCAAUUGCUAUUUUUCGGCAUAUCGUCCAAACAUUCAAACACAAACUUCAUCAUGUGUGUUCUGGAUGGCAUGUGUGCAGAGAAAGUACAAGUGUUCAGUCAUGUCAAGAUGCUGAAAAAUUCCUAUUAAGAGAAUUACAGAAACAGUUUUUCAGCAAAGAGAUUCAGUGUCUAAAGGAAAAGAGCUCUCUACCAAAGAACAGUACGAUUUCAGCUCUUUGUCCAUUUUUGGAUGGUGAUGAUCUACUUAGAGUUGGUGGGCGACUCAACAAUGUGAAACAUGUUCUACCAACAGGAGAAAUCAAUCCGAUCAUAGUUCCUAAAAACCACCAUAUCACUACACUUCUCGUAAGGUUCUACCAUGAAUCCGUCAGACAUCAAGGUAGACAUAUUACUGAAGGAGCCCUUCGGCAGAAUGGAUUCUGGUUGAUCAGUGCAAAACGAACUGUAUCAUCAUACAUUCACAAGUGUGUUACAUGUAAGAAAUUGCGCGGAAAACUUGAAUAUCAAAAGAUGGCUGAUCUACCGUGUGAUAGACUUACAUCUGGUCCUCCCUUCACAUCAGUCGGGAUAGAUACAUUUGGCCCAUGGAAAGUGGUAGCUAGAAGAACACGUGGUGGAGUGAUCAACAGCAAGCGAUGGGCUAUUAUAUUCAGCUGUUUGUCUACGAGAGCAGUUCAUAUAGAGAUCAUAGAAGAAAUGUCAAGUUCUUCAUUUAUUAACGCUUUACGUCGCUUUGAGUCAUUACGUGGACCUGUGAAAGUGUUCAGAUCCGACAGAGGCACAAACUUUGUUGGUGCAACAGAUGAACUUGGCAUACAAGCGUUAAAUGUGGAAGAUGGACCCAUCAGUAACUAUUUAAAUCAAACUAAAGCAGUGUGGAUUUUUAAUUCCCCUCAUUCGUCCCACAUGGGAGGUUCAUGGGAACGCAUGAUUGGUCUGACUAGGAGGAUUCUUGAUUCCAUGCUCCUGGAUCCAAAUGCUAAACAGUUAACUCACGAGUCCUUAACUACUUUCAUGGCAGAAGUGUGCGCCAUUAUGAAUUCCAGACCUUUGGUACCGAUUUCUACAGAUCCGGAAUCAACACUCGUACUCAGUCCUGCGAUGCUAUUGACAGGAAAAGUGAACUUCUUACCUGUGUUACCAGAAAGCGUCGACACAAAAGACAUGUAUCGUGCACAAUGGAAACAUGUACAAGUACUUUCCGACAUAUUUUGGAAACACUGGAGACAAGAUUACCUACACAAUUUACAGUACCGACGCAAAUGGAGAGAUGACCAACCAAAUUUGAAAAUCGGUGACGUAAUUCUUUUGAAAGAUGCAGCAGUGAAUCGCGUCAAUUGGCCUUUAGGUGUGAUAACCGAAACUUUUGAAAGCAGUGAUGGUAAAGUCCGCAAAGCUCGCGUUCGUGUUCGAAAGGAUGGACAGAAUGUGAUUUACACGCGUCCUGUAUGUGAAAUGGUUUUCCUUACAAGAGGAUAGGAAAAUUCUGUGAUGUGAAAUAGUGUUAUCAACAAAUUGUGUCAUUUGUGAUGUCAUGUUCCAUGAUAAUUGUGUUCCACAAAAUAUUAUCUGUAAAAUGUCGUGACAGAUGUUAAUGUAAAUGUCAUGUGUUGAGUACAUGCAUGUUGUUUUAUCAUGAUCCAUGGUAAAAUAGAAGCUAUUUUGAUAAUUCGAUGUUUCAUCAAGAUUCAUGAAGUAUUGUUGAUAAUUUCAGUCAUGUGUGUUUACUGUGUUUCAUAGUGAAUAUUGUUACCUAUCAUGUUCCAUGAUAUUGAUAUUUUUUGAAUUUGAUGGUCCAUCAAGUUUCUUAAUUGUCAUUUCUUAGAACGUACGUUACUAUUGUCCGGAAAGCGUUCCGCUACACUUUGUAUAUACUUGUAUGUAAGUUUGUUUAAUUUGGUAAUAUUUUAAAUAUUAGACGGGGAGUGUGCUGUUAUGCGAUCAUUAUGUUUAAUUUGAUCGGGUUUGGUAUUUCAUUUUUUGUAAACUGGUGUAUAAAAUUAUCUCCUUUGACUGAAGAUUCAUUGUCCGUGCAGUUUUAGCGCCAUUAGUUUGUCGGGGUAGCCAAGUCACAAAUCUUCUUACCGCUAGACGCUAUACGCUAUACGUUAUACAUUACCAUCGUUAGUUACCAUCGUCAGUUGUCAUCAUACAUCAUACAGUUUACUUAAGACUUACAAGAUGUGAAUAAAAGUAUAAACUGUU